AGACUCAGCAACAAUGGGGGAAGAAGAAAACGCACACAUAUCUUCCAUUUCCAACAUCAUAAACAUCCCUUCUUUCCAACAAUAACAACAACUCUCUCAUCUUCAUUCAGUUCAAUUCCCUCUAUAAACCCACAAACAAUGUCCCUUCUUCUCUUUCUUCUACCAUUCAUUCAAAUUCUAACUUUUCAUGCUUCUCCCAUUUCCUCCUCCGACAUUAUCAUCGUACAAGGAAACACGACACUGAGGAGCCAAAACCAAACCUUCGAACUGGGCUUCUUCAACUUCACCACAGUCUCACCCAACUUCUACCUCGCGAUCCGUUACACAUCACUACCAGCCCCAAACAUCAUUUGGGUCGCUAACCGCCAUCAACCAACUCCAACCCUCGACGGUUCGGUUCUUCGGUUGACCCCAACCGGUCAAUUACUGCUCACUCACUCUAACUCCACCGUCUGGGAAGCCAACCACACCCAUGCCGUUCAAUUCAACCUUCUAGAAACUGGUAACUUAGUUCUCCUAUCCUCUGACGGCGUCGUUUUAUGGCAGAGCUUCGAUUACCCCACCGACACUUGGCUUCCCGGCAUGAACCUGACCCGGUUCCGAUCCCUUCUUUCAUGGCGCACCGAAACGGACCCGUUUCCUGGGUUUUAUUCUCUGCGGCUGAGACCACCGGAUUACGGUGAGUUCGACCUCGUCUUCAACGGCACCGUUUCGUACUGGUCCACCGGGAAUUGGACCAAUGGGUCGUUCCUCAAUGUUCCGGAGAUGACUAUUCCUUACCUUUACCGGUUCGAUUUCGAGGACCCGUUUUCGCCGACGGCGUCUUUUGGGUUCUCCGAGAGGGCCUCGGAGAACGGAAUCCGGCCGCCGACAAUGUUCCGCGUGGAACCGUUCGGGCAGGUUCGGCAGUACACGUGGUCGAAGCAGGCGGGUUCGUGGAACAUGUUUUGGUCGAAGCCUGAGAGUGUGUGUCAGGUUCGGGGGUUGUGCGGUGGGUUCGGUGUGUGCAGUGGGGAAAUGUCGAGGGUUUGUGAAUGUGUGAGUGGGUUUGAGCCUGUGGAUGGUGUUGGGUGGGGUUCCGGUGACCACUCUCGGGGUUGUCGCCGUGUGGUGGACACGUGUGAUGAGAGUGAUGGUUUUGAGGAUCUGGGUGUGGUCACGUUUGGUUAUGGUAAUGUGAGUAUGUUUAGGGCUAAAUCUAGAAGCUUAUGUGAGCGUGAGUGUUUGAGUUCUUGUGGUUGUGUUGGUUUGGCUUUUGAUGGAGGGAGUGGUGUGUGUAAGAAUUUUUAUGGGGUUCCAAGAGGUGGAUCUGUGAAGAGGGGUUUUAGUCGUAAGGUUUUGAGUGCAGCUGUUAUUGGUUCGGUUGCGGUUUUGGGUGUGGUGGUGGUGACAUUGUUGGUGGUGGUGAAGAAGAGGAGGAAGAAGGGUUUGGAGGAAGAUGGGUUUGUGCCUGUGUUGAAUUUGCAGGUGUUUUCUUAUAAGGAGCUUCAGUUGGCGACCCGUGGGUUUUCGGAGAAGGUUGGGCAUGGUGGGUUUGGGACUGUGUUUCAAGGGGAGUUGAGUGAUUCUACACUUGUGGCUGUAAAGAGGUUGGAGAGGCCUGGGGGUGGAGAGAAAGAGUUUAGGGCCGAGGUGUCUACAAUUGGGAACAUUCAACAUGUUAAUCUUGUGAGGCUCAGAGGGUUUUGCUCUGAGAAUUCUCAUAGGCUUUUGGUUUAUGAGUAUAUGCAGAAUGGUGCCCUCAGCACUUAUUUGCGCAAAGAGGGGCCAAGUUUGAGCUGGGAUGUUAGGUUUCGGGUGGCCAUUGGAACUGCUAAAGGUAUAGCGUAUUUACAUGAGGAAUGUAGGUGUUGCAUCAUACACUGUGAUAUCAAGCCUGAAAACAUCCUUUUGGAUGGUGACUUCACUGCAAAAGUUUCUGAUUUUGGGUUGGCGAAGCUCAUUGGUAGGGACUUCAGUAGGGUGUUGGCAACCAUGAGGGGUACGUGGGGAUAUGUUGCCCCAGAGUGGAUUUCUGGUGUGGCGAUUACCACCAAAGCUGAUGUUUACAGCUAUGGAAUGACAUUGCUGGAACUGAUUGGUGGUCGCCGGAAUGUGGAGGCGCCACCUUCUGCUGGGGCUAGGGAGAGUGGUUGCGAGACGGGAGAGAAGUGGUUCUUUCCUCCAUGGGCGGCACAGCAGAUAAUUGAGGGUAAUGUGACUAAUGUGAUUGAUAAGAGGCUUGGAAAUGUAUAUAACAUUGAGGAGGCUAGGAGGGUUGCUUUGGUGGCAGUUUGGUGCAUUCAAGAUGAUGAGGCAAUGAGACCUACCAUGGGUAUGGUGGUGAAAAUGUUAGAGGGGUUGGUGGAGGUGAAUGUUCCUCCACCGCCGAAGUUGCUACAGGCGUUAGUUACUGGGGAUUCCUUUCACGGGGUCAAGGCUGAUUCCGGCACCGGGGUGUCCACUGGUGGCAGCUUAUCUGAUGGCAAUUUGGAAGUGUCAACUGCUGAUUCUGAAUCAUAUAUAGGGAAUGUUUUGUCCCCAAUGGAUGUUAAUGUUAGUGUUCGAUGACAAAGUUAUGGCAUUUUCCAGAUUAUAGCAUUUUAAGUUAGUAUACCUCCUUUUUCCCUACUCUCCCUUUUUUUCUCUCUAAGGAGAGGGAUGGGGAAGAAAAAGAAACAUUGGAUGUGGAUGUGGAUGUGGAUGUGGAUGUAAAUUAGUUGCCUU